ACAGAAGCCAAUCACAACUCACUGCAACCGAAAUAAGAACUCUAACAGAGAUAAGACCUGCAACAAGAGAGAAAGUCUCAUAAUAAUCCACACUAUACGACUGGGUGUAGCCUUUGGCAACUAGAUGGGCCUUCAAAUGCUCAAUUGAAUCAUUAGGAUAUUACUUCACUGUGUAGACCCAACAACAACUAACAGACUGUUUAUCAGAAGGAUGAGUAGUAAGGUUCCAUGUCUAAUUCUCAUUAAGAGCUUUCAUUUUCUCGUCUAUACCAAUUUCUAUCCAAGAGAUAUCAAAGCUUGUGUCAAACUAAAAACAAACAUCAAAGACAAAAUCGAUGCAAAACAACGAAAGGAUCAUGAAAGCAGAUACAAAGAAACAAAAUUAAAAAUGAGAUCCUUUGUACAAUUACAGGUACAUUUCAUCAAUGCAAUAGGCAAAUCAGAAGGUGAUGAACUAGUUGAAGGCUCUGGAGGCAGGACUUUAAUAAAAUCAGGUAAUGGUUGUGGAGCUGGAGUACAUGAAACAACCGGUCUAUCCUUGGAACGAUGAUAAAAUUGCAAGGGAUGAGUAGGACUCGGAGAGGAAGAAGACACACAAUCUAGCACAAUAGGCAACAAAAGCUCCCCUCAAUUGGGAAAGACUAAAUUUAGAGAAAGUGUGUCGCCAGACAUAGAAAAGAAGAUGACUCAAAAAAGGUAACAUUAACUUUGACACAGUAUCGACUAAAAACAAGGUCAUAACAGUGGUAACAUAACUUUUUUGAGUACAAGAAUACCCCAAAAAGACACUUAACCGAGUGAGGUGAA